AUGCUCUUUGUUCUACUCUUCCAGCAAAAACACAAACUGAGGAUCUAUAUUUCUAACACCUACACGCCUGGCAAGCCAGAAGGGGAGGAGGCUGAAAAAGUGGCAUCCUGGGAACUUCGAGUGGAAGGCAAACUCCUGGAGGAUCCUGGGAAACAGAAACGAAAGUUUUCAUCCUUCUUUAAAAGCCUGGUUAUUGAACUGGACAAAGAACUUUAUGGCCCAGACAACCACUUGGUGGAGUGGCACAGAAUGCCUACAACUCAGGAGACAGACGGAUUUCAGGUGAAGAGACCAGGGGAUGUGAAUGUGAAAUGUACUCUCCUUCUCAUGCUAGACCACCAGGUAUAUCAUACACACACACAUAUAAAGGCUAUUCAUCAGGCUUGGGGCUAAAGAUGCCAUCAAAAUGAACAUAAAUGCAACCCAAAUUCAAGAU